AUGUCCAGCCACUCUGGAAGAGGUCAUGGGGGUCUUAACCAACUAGGCGGAAUGUUUGUUAAUGGCCGACCACUUCCGGAGGUGAUCCGGCAACGCAUUGUGGACAUGGCCCACCAGGGGGUCCGGCCCUGUGACAUCUCCCGGCAGCUCCGAGUCAGCCAUGGCUGCGUCAGCAAGAUCCUGGGACGCUACUACGAGACAGGAAGCAUCAAGCCUGGUGUGAUUGGCGGCUCCAAGCCCAAGGUGGCCACCCCGAAAGUUGUGGACAAGAUCGCCGAUUACAAGAGGCAGAACCCCACCAUGUUCGCGUGGGAGAUCAGGGACCGGCUGCUGGCAGAGGGAGUGUGUGACGGCGACACGGUGCCCAGCGUGAGCUCCAUUAACAGAAUAAUACGAACUAAAGUCCAACAGCCGUUCAACCUGCCUCUAGAUGGAAAAGGCCUGAGCCCCGGACAAACCUUAAUCCCCAGUUCAGCGGUCACCCCUCCCGAAUCUCCUCAGUCCGACUCCCUGGGCUCCACCUACUCCAUCAGCGGCCUGCUGGGUAUCCCUCAUCCCAGCGCCGAGGGCAAGAGGAGCCACGAUGACAGUGACCAGGACAGCUGCCGGCACAGCGUGGACUCUCAGGGCAGCGGCGGCGUCCCGAGGAAGCAGAUGAGGGUGGAUCAUUUCUCAGCCGCCUCGCAACAUCUGGACUGCGGGUUCGAUCGUCACCACUACCCGCCGGACUCAUUCGGCUCGGCCUCCGGCAGCAAGGCAGAGCAGACUUUGUACCCGCUGUCCCUGCUCAACGGCAGCCUGGACGAGGCCAAGACCAGCCUCUCAGCAUCCAGCUCCACCAUUGGACGGAAUCUGGCGCAUCAGGGCUACACCAUGGUGACCGAGCCCCUUCAGUCCCUGCCGCUCUGUCUAAAACAGGAAAUGUCCCCAGAGGUGACCAGCACCAGCCCAUCGCCAAACAUGGCGGCCUCCAACCUGGCGUUCCUGGAGCUGCAGGCGCUGCAGAAACCUGUGUCUCUCAGCGGCAGCAGCUGCAGCUCCAACCAUUUCCCCAAUGCAUUCAACUCAUUCUCCCAUCAUGCACCAGUGUACGGGCAGUUCAGCAGCCAGUCUGUCAUCUCAGGACGUGACAUGGUGAGCUCCACGCUGCCCGGUUACCCCCCCCACAUCCCGUCCCCUGCACAGUCAGGAUACUCCUCCUCUGCCAUCACAGGCAUGGUCGCAGCAGGUGCAGACUACACCGGUCAGUCCUACACUCAUUCACCCUACACCUCGUACAGUGAGGCCUGGAGGUUCACUAACUCCAGCAUCCUGGGUUCCCCCUAUUACUACAGCUCGGCCUCCCGCACAGCCCCACCACCAUCAGCCGCCUACGACCACCUCUAG